AUGAUCUAUGCAUUCCACCUCUUCAAUCGACAGUGCGAGCCCGUCUACACAAAGCAAUGGCGAACAAGUGUAUCGACUCUCUCGCGUGCAGACCUCAACAAGCUGCUCUUUGGCACCAUCUUCUCCCUGCGGAAUCUCAUCCGCAAGCUCUCUCCCACGGGACAAGACGGCUUCUUCAGUUACAGAACAGACGCCUACCGCUGUCACGUCCUAGAAACACCGUCCCUAUUACGCUUCGUCCUCAUCACGAGUCCUGAGGUCGAAGGAACGCAGAUGCUGCCUGUCCUAAGAAGUAUCUACGAAUCACUCUACACGGAAUAUGUCGUCAAGAACCCCUUGUCCCUGCGAGACCUAGGUGCACUCGGCGAACAGGUCGUUGGGUGCGAGCUGUUUGUGCUUGCCCUGGACCAAUUCAUCAUGACCUUGCCAACCUACUAG